CUGUUCCAUGCCACAUAUCCUCGAAUAACCUCCAGUUUCAAAUACGGACCCCUUCCCCUCCCCUCUUUCCUUCCAGAUUCUUCCUUUCCGUUACCUGCAUCCCCAUCACAAUUAUCCUCAGUAACGAGCAGUGCUCUCAAAUUCUCGUCAGCGGGCACUGCCUACCAACCGAAAAACGACAAACCAAGUUCCGCGAGCAUUGGGCUUAGCCUCGAACCCGUGAAAUACUUCAAGACUUCAAGACUGUGGUCAAACGGUCGACAAGAAGUCAAAGCUCGGGAAGAACGUGGUUCCGGCUGGAGCAAGAAUCUAAACGCUCGGUUUGCGAAAGCCUUUACCUUCCUGUGCCACGUGACCUGA